AAGUGUUUGGGUGCAGCUUUGUGUUGAAUUGCCUCACCCAUCAUCAUCCCUAGUGUGAGAUCAUCAUCCAGACAAACAAGAAAUCCCCUUUAUUUUCCUUAUCACGGAGGCAUGCUUGACAUUAAAACGGUUCAGGGAAUCCUAUCUGGUCAAGGAGGGUUGACGUAUUUCCAGGCCCUGCAGGAAUAGCACAUGUGUGCAUAAAGCAGGGAAAAUGAGUACGGGGAAGCCAAGUGGUCUCAAACCACCCACCAAAAUUGGUAAACCAGCUUCGGCGCCAACCAAAACCUCGCCCACCUCAGCUGGUGCCAAGGCUGUAACAUCUCCGACCUCCAAUAGCGGCCAAGAUGCGCCGUCAGAUUUCUCUGUUGGCGAACGUGUCUGGGUCAACGGAAAUAAACCCGGUUCUGUGCAGUUCAUCGGAGGGACUCAGUUUGCACCAGGCCAGUGGGCAGGAAUAGUUCUAGACGAGCCCAUCGGGAAGAACGAUGGCUCUGUGUCUGGAGUGCGCUACUUCCAGUGUAUGGACUUGCGAGGCAUAUUUACUCGGCCCUCCAAACUCUCUCGUACUCCCGUGGCAGAGCUUGAGACCAAUGGCACGCAGACUCCCGCCAACAAGUCGUCUGCCUCCCCUGCCAAAGAUCCUGCUCCUGUCACUCAAACCAUUAUUGCAACCACCAAGUCCUCAUCAAACCUCACCAGGGCCACCAGCGAGUCUGCCUCCAAUAUGUCUGAGACGGAUUCGGCCAAGAAGUUACAGCGGGACAUGAAGCUGGGUGAUCGUGUGCUGGUUGCAGGAUCCAAGGCAGGUGUUGUGCGCUUCCUGGGAGAAACUGACUUCGCGAAAGGUGAAUGGUGUGGCGUUGAGCUGGACGAGCCUCUUGGCAAGAAUGAUGGGGCAGUGGCUGGUGUAAGGUAUUUUCAGUGCCUCCCAAAGUAUGGACUGUUCGCUCCUACGCACAAAGUCACACGCAUCGGAUUCCCGUCCACCACUACUGCCAAAUCCAAAAGCUCCAGGCGCAGGUCGACCCUAAAGAACAGCCCGAGCGCAUCUUCUGUCAGCUCCCUCAGCUCUGUCACCUCCUCAGUAGGAGGCAAACCCAGCCGAGCGGGCCUGCUCACAGAGACGUCUGCACGGUACGCACGGAAGAUCUCAGGCACCACGGCCCUGCAGGAGGCCCUGAAGGAGAAGCAGCAGCACAUCGAGCAGCUCCUGGCUGAGCGGGACAUGGAGAGGACGGAAGUGGCACGAGCCACAAGCCAUGCUGGAGAGGUGCAGCAAGAGCUGGCACUGCUCAGACAGGGCCAGGAACAGUACGCCAACGAGAUGGAAGCCAAGUUGGACCAGUUGCGGAGACUUGUGGAGACUGCAGACCGAGAUAAAGUGGAGCUGAUGAAUCAACUGGAAGAGGAAAAAAGAAAAGUGGAGGACCUGCAGUUCCGUGUAGAGGAGGCUUAUAUUACCAAAGGUGACCUAGAGACGCAGACCAAACUGGAGCAUGCCCACAUUAAGGAGCUCGAACAGAGUCUUCUGUUUGAAAAGACCAAAGCAGAUAAACUCCAGAGGGAGUUAGAGGAUACUAGGGUCGCCACGGUGUCCGAGCGCUCCAGGAUCAUGGAGCUGGAGAAGGAGGUGUCCGACCUGCAGCUUCAGCUGAGAACUCUUCGAGCCGAGACCUCGGGAUCAGCCUCCCCUCCAUUACAAGACAAAAAGAUCAAGGAGCUGAACUUGGAGUUGGAGAACAGACAGAAGGAGGUGCUUCUAUUCCAGCAGAAACUCUCCUCCUCUGAACAGGAGAAAGCAUCCCUCCAGCAGCAGCUGCAAGAUCUGACAAAUAAGCUUGACUCAGCUGCAGAGGACAAAAAUAAAGCAACACUUGCAAUGCAAGAAAUGGAAAGGAACAUGAAAACGGAGAGAGAGAAGCUGGAUCAAGUAUCCAGGGAGAAGGAGGAACUGCUGAAGAAACAGGUGAAGGAUGAAGAGAGAGAGAUUCAGAUGAAGGAGCUGAAGGAGAAGUUGGGCCAAACAGAAGGAGAGUUGAGCAGAAUCGCAGAGAGGAGCGUUGGGCUGGAACGGCAGGUGGCGGAACUGAAAGCCUACAAGAACCAAACCCAGUCUAAUGAAAACCUGGAGCAGAUGAUGCACAAGAAUAAGGAGUUGCAGGAGGAGCUUGAGGCCCUGAAGCAGCAGAACUCUCAGUAUCAGGAGCAGUUGUGUUCAGGAACUCAGCGCAUCGGGAACCUCUGCAAAGAAAUUGAUGAGGGAAAACUGUCAGCCAAUCAGAAGUCUCAGAGGCAGGUGUCGCUCCAGGACGAGAAAGGGAUGUUGGCUCAGGAGUUGGACGUCUACAACAAACAGCUUGAUGACGAAGCUUUGACUAGCCAUCUGGAGAUUACAGAGAGAGAGAAUUCCAAUGCAGUGAUGUCCGAUAAAGACAAAGAGCUAGAGACGCUACGAAAUGAGAUCGCAGUGCUGCGUGGGGAAAAUGCCGUGGCCAAGACGCUGCAGUCGGCCGUGACGUCUCUAGAAAGGGACAAAGCCCAGCUGCAGAGCCGAGUGAACAGCUUGGAGAAGAAGCUGGAGGGCCGGGAGACGGGGAACGGAGAGGAAGUCAUCUCAGUGGGUGAUCCCGCUUUGGACCAACUGAGAGAAGAGAAGGAGUUUGCCGAGGGACAGAUCAACUUCCUGAACUCUGUGAUUGUGGACCUCCAGAGGAAGAAUGAAGAACUAAAGGUGAAGCUGAAGAAAAUGGCGCUGACCGAGUUCAAUGGAAAUGAUGAAAAUGAUGAUCUUGGUAAGGACAAAAAGAAGAAGAAAGCCCCACCACGCGUCUUCUGUGACAUCUGCGACUGCUUCGACCUGCACGACACGGAGGACUGUCCCACGCAAACGCAGUCCCCAGACUCGCCUCCGCACACCACUCACCACGGGGCCCGCAGCGGCGAACGGCCGUACUGCGACAUCUGUGAGGCGUUCGGUCACUGGACAGAUUCUUGCAACGAUGACCAAACCUUCUGAACUUCUCUUCUACCCCUCCGCCUGUGAGCAGGCUAUGCACAGAUCGCUUUCAACCAGAUUCGCUAUUUUUCUACACAGCGUAUAUACAUUCGAACCUCUUGUACAUUCCUUGAAACGUAUCCGUCCGUAUGAAGGCUAAGGUAUGCUGCAUUGAUGGAAUUUCAAUUAUGAAGAUGAGAGAUAUUUCUGUGUUACUAAUGACUGUUUUGUGUGUUUCAUAAGAUUUUGAUCCACUGAUGAAAUACCAGCAAGAAAAAGAGGCACGGUAAUGUGCUGUGUAUUUAAAGCUGCUGAGUGUAAUUUCUACUCCCCCAGAGGCACAAAA